GGAGACUUUUAGUUUCCCUCUGGUGUUGGCCCAGCUCACCUGCCUGACCAAACAAUCCGUCUCGCCGCGGUGAGACUCAACAAGAAAAACCCACCCUCCCAGUCUGGCAACCCUUUUGGCCCGCCCGCGGCGCUCAUGAAUCGCUGCUCAUCUUCAUUCCACUCGAAACCAGCAAGUCGACUUUCCUCGUUCAUGGAUCAACGCCGGUGUCUGUCUCUGGUCCAUUCUCUGUAAACCCUUUUCGGAUUUGAAUCGUUUCAAUUGAGCAUGUCGCAGUCCUUCCGGCGGCGGGCCAAGGGAUGCCAAACAUACCUCAGCACAUCUCCAUUCUCCCUAUGCAGCAAAAGGAGUGGACAGCGGCGGGCAAUGAGCGGGCAGCAGACGAUGUGUUGGACGGUGGCCGCGGUGUUGGCCUUUUGUUCGGUGGCGGCCAGCGCGUCGUGGACGUUCCCAUCGCCUGAGGCGGCGAACGCGGCCGCCGACGCGGCCAUCGCCGCGGUCGCCUUCCCGAACCGGCAGGUGAUGAUGGCCCGCGGCGCCUCGGCCGCCUUCCAACCGCCGCCGCACUUCCAACCCGUCCGCUACAACAACUCGGGCCUGCGCCUCGAGCCGCCUCGGUGGAGACGCUACGUCCGCUUUCCGGGCAACCGCGGCUUCCACCAGCGGCCCCAGCCGUGGGGCGCCACGGCCCCGGCCGCGCCCCCCGUCAUCCCCGCCGGGCCCAGGAGCCCGAGGCUGGUGUUCAGGGACCCUGACUACAUUUCCAACAACAACUUCCCCACUGGACCGGGCGUUCCGCAGCAACAACCGCAGUUCCCUUUGCAGGACUACUCGCAGGACGACUCCAGAGAAGCGAGCAGGGUGAAGCAGCAGCAGCAACAGCAGCAGUUCAAUGUAGGUGGCGACCAGAGCCUGUGCUUCGCCGGCAAGUGCGAGUUUUUCCUCUUGUGCUGGAUGUCCGGCGGGUUGAUCGAGGGCAGCUGCGGCGGAUUCAUGUUUGCGUGUUGCCAACGCAAACAAAAGUCGGACGACUCGCUGGCCAUUAACGAUCAUGGCAGCAACUCGAUCGCCCAACAGCCAGACUUGGAAGACAAAGACUUAGAUGACUACGUCAAUGGUCCGGUGACUAACGACCCCAGGUGCGGAGUUUCCUUGGGCGAGGGUAACUUGGGAGCGCAGAGAAGAAUCGUCGGCGGAGAUGAGGCCGGCUUUGGCAGUUUUCCCUGGCAGGCGUAUAUCAGAAUUGGAUCCAGCCGUUGCGGAGGAUCUCUAGUCAAUAGAUACCACGUGGUCACUGCUGGGCACUGCGUGGCCAGGGCAACCUCGCGUCAGGUUCAAGUGACCCUGGGUGACUACAUCAUCAAUUCCCAAGUGGAACCACUGCCGGCGUUCACUUAUGGGGUGCGCGAAAUCAAGGUGCACCCUUACUUCAAGUUCACGCCCCAGGCUGACCGCUUUGACGUGGCAGUGCUCAAGCUGGACAGGGCCGUCCAUUACAUGCCUCACAUUGCGCCAAUUUGCUUGCCUGAGAAGAACGAGGACUUCCUCGGCCAGUUUGGAUGGGCCGCUGGAUGGGGCGCCUUGCAAGCAGGUUCGAGGCUGAGGCCAAAGACCCUGCAGGCCGUUGAUGUGCCAGUAAUUGACAACAGACUCUGCGAACGGUGGCACAAAGCCAAUGGCAUCAAUGUAGUCAUCUACGAUGAAAUGAUGUGCGCCGGCUAUCGCGGAGGCGGCAAGGAUUCCUGUCAGGGUGAUUCCGGUGGUCCCCUGAUGAUGGAAAAGAGCAACAGGUGGUACCUAAUUGGUAUUGUGUCGGCCGGGUACUCGUGUGCCCAGAGAGGUCAACCUGGCAUUUACCACCGAGUGGCGCAAACCGUCGACUGGAUAUCGCACGUGAUCAACAAGUAAAUCUCCCUGAAAGGACUGAAACUUUUUUUAGAGAAGAGAAGCAUUUUUAAGCACUCUGUAGAACAAAUGAAGUGACCUGUGGAGUGUGUGAUACAGUUGCGCUCCGACACCAAUCCAGAGAUUUCUGCCCAGAGGACAUUCAAAUUUACUGGGUUGAUAAUCUGGGAUUUGGUACGGACGCAAUUAAUGGACCUCAAAUUAUUGCCGUACGUGUCAUUGCUUCGGCCACCCUUCUAAUUCCCUAUAGAGCCGUGGCGAGAAGUUUUAAUUGUUGUGGCGACUUUCCACCUUUUCACAAUCUGCAGUGCUGAGAAUAAUUUUUAUUCUAUUUAUAUACUUGCGAAAUACAAAGUGGGUAAUAUUUAAUUUUUUGAGAGACGACGUCCAAUAUUUAUGCCACACGUGAACGGUCGUAAAUUGUUAAAAAAAUUUACUAAUUGUGCAUUUCAUUGAAAAAAUAAUGUGUGUAUGUACCCGCCAGAAAGGAAUGUGGGAUUAAACUGUAAGCUUUGUAAAUUUUAAAUGGAGUAAUAAACCCUUUUUUACAAAAUAGAA